CUUCGAGGGUAGAUAGGUUGUAACAUAUCGCGGAUAUCCUCACAAUUGGGGCCUGGGAGGGUGAGUGUAUUUAGGCCUUACCUUAACUCUACAUGCGCUAAUAGAGAGGUUUUUUUUGAUAAACCAGAAAAAAGGGCCUUCUUUCCUAAAGGUUGUCCUCCUUUAUGACAUGUUAUCUUAGGGAAAGAAAAAACAGGGAAGAAACCCUAUAAAUUGCUCCUUUUUAAUUCUGAUCUUGGGUAUUCAAGUGGAAUCUGUAAACUGGUGUAUCUUUUGUCUAAUUUUGUGUUUGACAAAUUUCUGGAAGGUUAAACUUUUCUACUGGAAUCUGAAACUUCCCUUAAUUGCUGAAUAUGGGCAAUUUGUUCUGUUGUGUUCAAGUUGAUCAAUCCACUGUUGCAAUUAAGGAGCAGUUUGGCAAGUAUCAGGAUGUGCUUGAGCCAGGGUGCCACUGUGUGCCUUGGUUCCUCGGAAGCCAGUUGGCUGGUCAUCUCUCCCUCAGGGUGCAACAACUAGAUGUGCGCUGUGAAACCAAGACGAAGGAUAACGUAUUUGUCAAUGUUGUCGCAUCAAUUCAGUAUCGUGCCAUUGCCGACAAAGCAAAUGAAGCUUUCUACAAGCUAAGUAACACUAAGGGUCAGAUUCAGGCAUAUGUUUUUGAUGUCAUAAGAGCUAGUGUUCCUAAACUCAUUCUUGAUGAUGUCUUUGAGCAAAAAAAUGAAAUUGCCAAGGCUGUUGAGGAGGAACUUGAGAAAGCUAUGUCAGCUUAUGGAUAUGAAAUUGUUCAGACACUUAUCGUUGAUAUAGUACCAGAUGAGCAUGUGAAGAGAGCUAUGAAUGAAAUCAAUGCUGCUGCUCGGCUGAGGGUGGCUGCUAAUGAGAAGGCAGAGGCCGAGAAGAUCUUGCAAAUUAAGAGGGCUGAAGGAGAGGCCGAGUCUAAGUAUCUCUCAGGAUUAGGUAUUGCACGACAACGUCAAGCAAUUGUGGAUGGUCUGAGAGACAGUGUGCUAGGAUUUUCAAUCAAUGUGCCUGGAACUACGGCAAAGGAUGUUAUGGACAUGGUCCUCGUAACCCAGUACUUUGACACCAUGAAAGAAAUUGGCGCUUCCAGCAAAUCAUCCGCUGUCUUCAUCCCCCAUGGACCUGGUGCUGUAAAAGAGGUGGCACAGCAGAUUCGUGAUGGACUUCUUCAGGCUUCUGUUGGGCAUUAAAUCUUUGUUGCUCAUGAAUGUUAAUGGAUUUCAUAUCAAAGCAAGUUUUUGUCAAGUUAGUCUUUUCUUUCUUAAGAACAUGGAAAUAUGUGGUGAAGUGAUUUUGUUAGAGAUUGUGAAUCCUAUGACUACCUAUGUUUAUAACCAGUUUGGUAAGGUUUUGAAUGUUUAAAGUAUUGUGUAAAGUAUUUUCAGGUUCUAUAAGAUUGUUCUACAGCAUUGUAAAUCUUUGCCUAUUCAACCUAAAGCUUCGUGCACAUAUUCCUUAUUGAUUUGUUUUGCUGA